ACGACACUCCCCUUCGGCACCAGUCAGUUUCCCUAAUCUCCCCAAAACAGCUGAGGAUUUCCAGGCGUAGGGACCCCGGCCCAAUACGGUGAAUUACUAGCGAAGCGUCGGAGUCUACGGUGUUUUGAAAUGGCAAAAACGUACGAUUAUUUAUUCAAGCUGCUGCUCAUCGGAGACAGCGGAGUCGGCAAGACAUGUCUGCUGUUCAGGUUCAGCAAGGACUCCUUCAAUACCACCUUCAUAUCCGCAAUAGGAAUAGACUUCAAAAUCCGAACAAUAGAGCUGGAUGGAAAGAGAGUCAAUCUUCAAAUAUGGGACACUGCAGGAAAGGAGCGGUUUCGCACCAUCACCACAGCUUACUACAGAUGAGCAAUGGUGUUUGUACAUCACCCUGCACAUCCUCCCUAUUGGUUUAUUUCAUGUAUUUAAGGGUUGGAAUUGUUAUUUACAAGGAGGACUGUUUUUCUUCACAGGGCAUCAUGUUGGUCUAUGACAUCAGCAAUGAGAAGUCUUUUGAAAACAUAAAAAACUGGAUCAGAAAUAUUGAAGAGCACGCCUCGUCUGACGUGGAGAAGAUGAUACUGGGUAAUAAAUGCGACAUGUCCGACAGGCGACAGGUGUCCAAAGACAGAGGGGGAAAACUGGCUAUUGAUUAUGGAGUUAAGUUCUUGGAAACAAGUGAAAAGUCUAGUCUAAAUGUCCAAGAGGCUUUUUAUAACAUGGGAAGAGACAUAUUACAUAAUCUGAGCUCAAAGACAACUGACAACAACGCCGGAGGAUCAGGCAAACCUGUCAAGAUCACCGAGAAGAAGUCGACGAGGAUAAAAUUCUUCAAGUGUACACUCCUCUAAGCGGAUCAUCUCUAGUGUUCACAGCUCUAGAGGGACUUUUGCCGUUUCUGACCCGCCUCCCGGGCGUCCUCCCAGCAGCGAGCGCAGUGGUAAUAUGAGAGUUCCUCACCGCCAGCUGAAGCUCACGGGUUCACCGGCGGUCGUGAUGCCAUCCUGAUCGGCUUUGAGAGGAUCAAUAAGGACUCAGGCCUGAUACUGUAUAUCCUCUCAUUCAAAAGACCUGUGUGUGAUUGUCAGAAUUAGUUUUUAACGGGUUCUGCGGAGUCUGCUCACAGGAGGCAGAGAUAAUACCUCUGUUGGAUGUCCAGAGCAUUGUCUUUAUCUAAUAUAAUACAAUUCCACCUAGUUGUCUUAUAAAUAGGGGGGAAAAAAACAAAAAUGCAGAUUAUUUCAUAAAUUGUAGCAUCAUUUUAUACACUCGAUAUACUAUUAAAUCUAUGCAGUAUUGAU